UCCUCUCUCCACUCUUUGCAGGUGUGCGGAAAUGCGCUUAGGGGGCGCCCCCGGUGGCGGAGACCCCCUAGCGAUGGGUGCCGGGAACGACUACGCCGAGCUGUGCGACCUGGGCCCGUCCCGUUGGAGCUCCAGGAGCGGCUACCAGCCGGUCUCGCCGCCGGUCAACUCGAUCUACCACCACACUGGCGGCAGUAUUGCUGGUGUCGGCGUCGGCGGCGUUGGCGUUGUUGGCGGUGGCCCCAGUGCCGUCGGCGUAGGCGUCGUCGGGAGCACCGGAGGGACCACACUGUCGUCCUCCGGCGGGGCCACCAUCCGGUCCAACAGCUUCGAAGCCGAGGACGUCAUCGGCCCGUACGGCACUUCGUCGUCCCGGAUCGGCAACAGCACAAGCUCCCUGCGAGGACGUUCAGGUUUAUAUUAUUCACCACCCGGUACUUCAUAUACAAUAGUAGAAAGAGAAAGACCACACUCUCCUCAUUAUUAUUAUAACACAGCCGGUGUCCCUUCCAAAGGAGGUUCAUUGCCAAGUAGAAGUAGUUAUUUAGACUCAGCUAGUUUAGGUGUUUCAACUGGUGCAGGUACAGUUCCGAACUCUACCAGACAUAAUGGUAAAAAGCGGCCUAUCUCGCCAGAGCAGGUCAUAAGAUUGUUUAACACACAAAGUUCGUCUUCUUCAGUUCCUACUAGUUAUCAUAGUAACGGCACGCGAGAUCGAGGCCGUCGCAGUCCUGCCAGCAGUCCGCCUUCUACCACCCACCAGAUCUACCGAGAUCGGGACCGGGAUCGAAGCAUACCGAACAUUCACCAGCUGACGACGCGCACGGUGAACAUGUCCCGUGACCAGCAAACCGACGCCAGUCACGGGUUCGGCAUCUGCGUCAAAGGAGGAAAGGAUUCAGGUGUUGGCGUGUAUAUAUCGCGGAUAGAGGAAGGUUCGGUAGCGGAACGAGCCGGUCUCCGACCCGGCGACACGAUACUGGAGGUGAACGGAACGCCGUUCACGGCCAUCAACCACGAGGAAGCGCUCAAGAGGUGUGUGCAGAUCCUGAAAUCGUCGCGCCAGAUCAGCAUGACGGUCCGGGCGCCCCCGUCGGCCGGGGCGUCGAUGAUCAACUCGACGGCACCGCUGCACGGCUUCGGGCCACCUCCGAGCGUGGUUGGGAGCACCAGUCGACUGGCGGCCGCCGUGGCCGAUCCGCUGGGGGGUGCCGGCCUCGUUGGCGUGGGAGGACCCGCUGCGGUCGUUGGAUCGGCCGUGGUCGGUGGCGCUCCGGUGGGCGUUUAUCCGCCGCCCCCGAACCGGCAAACCUGCUCCUGGAUGGACCGCCAGGGGCGACCCGCCUCGCCGCCGUACGAGUACGGUGGCCGCCGGCCGGAGCGACGGGAUCGUGUUCGAAGGGUAGAACUAGUGAUAGAACCCGGCCAAUCCCUGGGACUGAUGAUAAGGGGUGGCGUAGAGUACGGAUUAGGAAUUUUUAUUACCGGCGUCGACAAGGACAGCGUAGCGGACCGGGCUGGACUGAUGGUCGGCGACCAAAUCCUAGAGGUGAAUAAUCAAUCAUUCAUGGACGUUACCCAUGACGAGGCUGUUAGUCAAUUCAAGUUCCACAAGCGGAUGUCGCUGCUGGUGCGGGACGUCGGGAAAGUGCCACACUCGUGUACCACCGUUGAGCCAGAACCGUGGGAUGCCUACAGUCCGACCGGAGUGAGGACCCGCCGAAAAUGCCCGGUGUCAGCGAUGGUGGAAGAAAAAGCCAGAUCCUUAUUACCUCGUCAUCAUUUUGCUAACUUAUCAUAUUAUAUAGCGGAAUAUGGUGCUAGAGGAAUGACCAUAGAGGCCUUCGUAUCUGUUUUAUUAGAAAUGUUAGAUACACCCGAAAAGCAUACUUUAGUAACAGAAAUAAGAGAAUUAGUUUUUCCUGAAGACAGGACGCGAUAUGACGAACUUGUAUAUAGGAGGGGGAGAGACGUUUACGGUGAUCCACUAGAUAGGCAUAGGAGAAAAGAUCAUUUACCUCAUUCGCACGAUUUGCCGGUUUCAGACACGGAUCUGGAAGUGAUCGAAGCGACCGGCCGAGGUCUAGCGGACGACCCCGGUUGUGCAGUGGCGGCAGCGACGGUGGCAGCGGCUACGGCCGGGACCAUCCCGGACAUUCGCAAUCGUCCACCAGCACCACUGCCGUACCGCCCCAUGUCGGCCGGGCCGAUUCUCCACCAUCAUCCACCAUCAUCGUCGUCGCAAGCGUCCCGUCAUCUCAAUACAUCGCAGAGCCACCUGGCGGACUUGGGCACCGGUGGGACACCGAAUCGGGUCGCAUUCGGCCCUGGGCUGGGGGCCGCCUCGCCGCCAGCCGGCGUCCUUGGGCUCAAUCCUCUGUAUCACCCGAACCGACACAAAAUCUCCUCGUCGUCUAGCGAUGUGGUCAAACAGUUGAAGAACAAGGAUUAUAAUGAUCCGUCACGACCUAGGAGAGGCAGCGAGACUCAGCUAUCGAGGGCAGACUACGACUCGUCGAUGCAGCGCCUACCGAUGGACCAGAACGGCUCAUCGCUGGAGCAGAGCCAAGACCAGCCGCCACACAUAGUACCUGACCACCGAGGAAACCUACACAUCACGGUGAAAAAGUCGAAGCCCAUCCUUGGCAUUGCGAUCGAGGGCGGAGCGAACACCAAGCACCCACUGCCGCGGAUCAUCAACAUCCACGAACACGGCGCAGCGUACGAUGCCGGUGGACUGGAGGUAGGCCAGCUGAUACUGGAGGUCGAUGGUAACAAAGUCGACGGAAUGCAUCAUCAGGACGUCGCCCGACUGAUAGCGGAGUGCUUCGCCGCACGCGACAAGAACGAUAUCACCUUUCUCGUAGUCGAAGCAAAGAAAUCAAACCUAGAACCGAAACCAACAGCAUUAAUAUUUUUAGAAGCAUAGCAUUUGCUAUCCCUGCCGGCUAGCGAUCCGGAUAAUUCUGAAGUGCCAGAAAAAGGGAUCGACCUUACCGCUGAUAAAUUGAAGUGAGUUUUCUUUUCGUUGAACGGUUAUGAUUUUUCUUAUGUUUUGAACUUGCUUUUAUUUCUAUGUGUUUGGAGGGAAAGGUUUGCGGAACUUUUGAGCGUUACAACUAGUUAUGGAAAGUAUCGCAAACCUUUCUUGAAAUUACAAGUCUUCUGUUUACUUUUUUUCUUCAAUAUGAUUUUCGAACUUUGCUAAGAGCCCUUUCAAAACACUUGGCACCAAAAGACCAUUUUUCUGAAAAAUGAGUUGCACUCUAGAGCGUGAUAUUCGUAAAGAUUACUCAUACAAAAUGUUACAGUUAUAAUGCUAAGCAAACACUGCCGUACUCAUAAAUGUUUAAACAGACUUGUAAGAAAACGAGGAAAUCAACCCUUCCCUAACUAUCCUGCUAUGAUAUUAUAAUGGUAAAUGAGUCUAUUAUUUUUGUUGAUGUUGAAAAAAGUGUUUACACCGCUAGAAGUGUACUUUGUGCCAUGUUCCUCGUCCUAUUCCUAACCUUAUACAUAACGAACUACAAUCACACUAGCGUACCAAAUCGCUUGUUCACAAGUACAGUACCGACGCUAUUUUAACCUCACUAUCGUGUAUUAUAAGUUUAUCUUCCAUUCGUUUCUUUCCUAUUUAAGUUCCAAAACAAAAGAAAACAAUCAGCAAAAGAGUUAAGAAAGAAUUCUUUAUUCGCGGUAAUUCAGAGAUAUUCUAGCCGUCAGGGAUGAAAAACCAGGUUCAAAACCAAACACUAACAAACAACAAGCAAAAACAAAACGACAAACCAACUGAUACAAUCCUGAACAAAUCAUCAGUCAAACUUUCAUUACAACUUUAUAAUACCAUCAUACAAACAAACAGGAGAAAGAUUAAACAAAGAACGGUCCACGCUCGUCGGUGACGUUCAAUCGUGCUCGCGCGCAAAUGUUAGAACAAACGCAUGAUCCGUUGACGCCUACGGGUAUGCAAUCAACGGUCACCUCGCAGCAAGCUGAACGUCACCAGGCAAGCGUUUGGACCAUGCAUCACUAUAGGGAUGCGCCAAUAUUCGUUCAUUCCCUACAUGAAAGUAAUAACCAUUUGCAAUAACUUGUGUAUGUGUAUGUGUUCGUAUGUUUGGGCACGUUCAUGCGAGCGUCCGUAUGUAUGUGAGUUCAAACCGUUCAUAGAGAAACAUGGAAAAUCUUUUUAAAUAGAAUCGUUACAUCUAUUUGUUGACUCGUGAUUAAGGGCUUAUACUCGUGUUAUGAUUAGGUUUUCGGUUCACACGUUUCUGCUGACAUUUUGGUAUCUAAACAGUAGUAAAUUGCAAACGCCGAAUUUCAGUAUCGCUAAUAUGUGUAGAAAAAGGAGGGUAAGGCUUUUGUCCACCCCUGACGCGGGUCAGGGGUGGAUGAAGCUCGCAUUGCUAACGAAAAACGCCACAAAGAGCUUGCUAAAGUUUGGAAAAGGUGAAAUCCACAACUUGCUUGAGUGAUAUUUCUGCUUUUAAUAUACAACAGUACACUCCAACAGAAACAUUCCCACACUCAGACACACGGAAUCGAACAAAAUGCAGAAAACCAAAUGGUAUGAGUCUAAAUACAUUAAUGCUGCACUGCUUUGCCCCCUUUCGGACAGGAGGGGGAAACGCAGCCGAUGUGAUGAUGAUGGUAACUGAAAAGAGUUAGAAUAUGAGUGUAUCGGUCUAGGAUAUGAUUGACGGAAGCAAGAACACACCGAGUAUCGCAUUGUAAAGCUCAGCAGUAGGAGUAAGUUGAAUGUGUAGAUGCAAAGCGAGAGCGCUUGGGGGUCUUAAGCUAAACGAGUGUGCUUUAAUAAAUGAUGGCUAGUGGCUAUGUAUCGGUAUAAUUGCUAUUUUGCUCAUGGAUAAUCGAGGUGCUUUUGAUGAAUUAAAGAACAAUUGAAUUGCGUGAGAUUGAAGUGGAGAUAAUCAAGGAAGUUUUACGAAAUAUAAAGAAUCAAAAAUGUGCUCAGUUAAAUUUGUUGGUGGGGGGCGAUAUUUUCACCCGCCGCCAAUGCACAUUCGGGUAAGCAGCCGAGCGGACGGCACGAUAGGGAGAAACAAUAAACAACUAGAGUAGUCGUGUGUCGUUCAUUUGUUGUCAUUCCACAUCGAACCGCGUACCAAUAAAAGUGUUUAUUGACGA